GUCUGAUAGUUCGCAUGAAAUUCGAACGAUCGAAACGGGGACGCGGGAACAGCGCAGGGGGACAAGGGGACAGCACUUGAAGGUUGAAGAGCGGCGAUGGCCAAGCGAACUGAAGAGGAUUACGGCUGCGAGCUGAGCGAGGCCACGAGGAUGAUCGCUCGCCACGAACUCCGCGAAGACGAUGCCACGAGGAUCGAGGCGUUGAAUCAAGUCAGACACUGGAUCCAGAAGCAUCCGAGCAUCAAACGCUGCAGAACGGAUGCUGCGUUUCUCCUUAGAUUCCUUAGAACGAAGAAGUUCAGUGUGCCGAUGGCAGAAGAAAUGCUUGAGCGUUACCUGACCAUCCGACAGAUGUAUCCGAACUGGUUCCAGAAUCUUGACAUCGAAGAUCCGGACAUCGAGGCCAUAGUCGACGCUGGGUACUUGGUCCCGUUGAUGGAACGCGAUCGAUAUGGCCGAAGAGUAAUACUGUCGUGUGCCGGUCGGUUCGAUCCGUACAAAUACACGUCCGCUCAAAUGGCUCGCGCUCACAGCCUGAUAGUGGAAGCGCUGAUGGACGACGAAGAGAAUCAAGUCCGCGGCUACACGCACAUCAACGACGAGUCCGGACUGACGAUGGGUCAUCUGAGCGCGUGGUCUCUCACGGACAUUCGUAACAUGUUGCGAUGCAUUCAGAACAGUACGCCGAUGAGACACAAGGAGACCCACUUCGUCAACAUCCCGAGUUGCGCUGUUAAAGUGAUCGAGUUCGGCAUCUCGCUGCUGAACGAGAAGCUGAAAAAUCGGAUCCUCCUGCACAAGAGUCUGGACGACUUGAAGGGCACGAUCGAUCCUAAGAUCCUGCCGAAGGAAUACGGCGGCGAAGUGCCGCUCAACGAGAUGAUCGCUGCUUUCAAGAAAACGUUGCGGGAGCAAAGGGAUCGAAUCAGGCAGCUCGACGACAUGUACAUAGAGAUCGACUCGUCGGUCGACAGUCAGUACGCUACGAACGACGAUUUAAAUGGUAUCUCUGGCUCCUUUCGUAAGCUAGAAGUGGACUGACGUUAAUCGCCGGAGAAC